CUAUACUCUAUAAUAAGAACAUGGAACCUUGACAAGUUGUUCUUGUUUUAUUUAUUUAUUUUUAUUUUUUGUGUGUAUUUUUAGUAAGUUAUUUUUUUUAUUAUUAUUAUAUUGCUCAAUACUAUACAGGGAGAAGCAGCAAAUGGGAGACAACCCAUCCAUAUCUAUAUAUGUUUAUAUAUAUAUAUAUAUAUAUAUUCUUCAAGCUCCUUAUAAAUUGUAAAUCGCGAUCAAUAGAGAGUUUCUAUCAUCACAUAAAUAAUGGUAAUUAAUUAAGAGUGAGAGAUCUGUAUGUAGCUAGAUUUAAAUGGCAUCAUCAUUCUCACGUAUGGCUUUUCAAGUAAGUUGUUCAUCAAUGGACGGUAGGCCCUCAACUCCAAAAAGCUACGACCAGAUUAUCAAGAACGCAUUCUCUUCAGCCCUCAAGCCAUGGUUGAGAUUGCAACAAGUCCUUGAUAUGCGAAGUGAUGUCCCAAAAAACAUAAUAAAGAAUAGCAUUUGUACCAACUUGUUGGAUGCUUUUGUUGAUUUGGCAUUUGAGUUUGUUGAUCAACCAUUGCUCCCUUCUCAGGAGAACUUUGCACCUGUUAAGGAGUUAGGAGAACCUGUUGUAAUCACUCACAUCGAGGGGAAAAUUCCCGAAAGUUUUCAUGGUGGUGUCUACAUAAGAAAUGGAGCAAAUCCUCUGUUUGGAGCACUAAAGUCAACAAAAUCUAUAUUUGGAAAGUCAAGUCGCAUUUGGGUAGAAGGAGAAGGAAUGCUUCAUGCUCUUUAUUUUACAAAAGACAAAAAUGAUAACUGGAGUGUUCACUACAACAACCGUUAUGUUGAAACCCAAACUUUCAACCUUGAAAAACAAAGAAACAAGCCAUCUUUCCUUCCCAUCAUAGAAGGCGACUCUACUGCUCUAAUAGCUGCUUCUCUCCUCAAUUUACUGAGAUUUGGCAAAGUGGACAAAUACAUGAGCAACACCAAUGUGUUUGAACACUCCGGAAAAUUAUAUUCCGUAGCAGAAAAUCAUGUACCUCAAGAAAUUGACAUUUCUACCUUACAAACAUUAGGCGAUUGGGAUCUCUCCAAUCAUUGGAAUAGACCAUUUGCAAGCCAUCCUAAGAAAGCUCCAGGUACCGGGGAGCUUGUUAUAAUUGGGAUGAAUGCAAUAAAACCCUAUGUUGAAUUAGGAGUAAUUUCAGCUGACGGGAAAAAAAUUGUUCACAAAACUGAUCUUAAACUCGACCGGUGUACAUUUUGCCAUGACUUUGGUGUUACAAAAAGGUACAAUGUGUUUAUGGAUUUUCCACUCACUCUAGACGCAAUGAGAUUUUUCUGUGGAGGCUCAUUAAUAAAGUUCGAUAAGAAUGAGUAUGCAAGGAUUGGUGUCAUGCCACGCUAUGGAAAUUCAGAUUCAAUUAUAUGGUUUGAUGUUGAACCAAAUUGCACGUUUCACCUUUUCAAUUGUUUUGAAGAUGGAGAAGACGAGGUUGUAGUGUGGGGUUGUAGAACCCUCGAAUCAGUGAUAGCAACUGGCUCAAAUAAAGAAAAUUUUGAUACCUCAAUUAGUGAUGGAUUGUUAUAUGACCGGCCUUACGAGUGGCGAUUAAACCUGCGAACCAAACAAGUUAAAGAAAGAAAUCUCACCUCAAAUACAGAAUUUUCCAUGGAUUUUCCUACCAUUAAUCCAAAUUUUUAUGGUGUUAGGAAUAGAUUUGGUUACGCCCAAGUUGUGGAUUCUCCUGCCAGCUUUGCAGCAGAUAACAAUGCUAAAUUUGGAGGUCUAGCAAAGUUGCAUUUUGAGCCAGAGAAUGAUUCAAGAUUUUCUUCUACAAAAGUAGAAUACAAAAUGUUUGAGAAGAACACAUUUGGCAGUGGAGCUACUUUCAUUCCUAAAAUAGGAAGUGAUGAAGAAGAUGAUGGUUGGAUUAUCACUUUUGUUCACAAUGAAGACACUGACAUAUCCCAAGCUCUUGUGAUUGACACAAAGAAGUUUUCUGGUGAUCCAGUUGCCAAAAUUACAUUGCCCAGCAGAGUUCCGUAUGGAUUUCAUGGGGCUUUUAUACCAUCGUAGCCUAAGAAGGUGGAAAAGGAAGUGAUUUGCUGAAAUCUUUAAAUUGGAGCUCCAGGUGGCUGUAGACUAUUGGAGAGUACUACUUUGUUUAUGACCCUAAUUAAAACAUGAUAAACACAGGAGAAGGAGAUUAUCCAUCAUAUACUUGGCUUUUAUUAGCCAUUACGCUCCUCCCCUCAUAAUUUUGGUUCUAUUAAACUCAUUGUUAUUAUUGUGUCUUUCUUGGAUAAUGACACUUCACUUGUAUUUUUCUUUUCCAUUUUAACUUUUUAGCCAUAAAAGGUUCAAUUCAAAGGUCUCCACCUAUAA